GUGUAAAAAUAUCUCGAUCAGGGGUUUUGGUAUACGACAUGUGUGUGUUGUUCUAGUGGCGUGCAGAAAGAAAUAACGAGCAGCACAAAACUUUUUUUUGUGUUGAAUACAGUGAAUUGAAGUGUGGUAUAGUUAAGCUUUGACAACUGUCUUGCUAUGGCUUCAAAAGGUGGACCAAUUGCUCUUGGCACGGAUGGAGCUGAUUUUGUGCAUCGACAGCGUGUAGCAGCACAGUAUCAGAUUAGUGCUCUAAAUAAAUCACGGCUUAAAUACUGCAUAUUUUUUCACUACUUAUUAUUCUUUGCGAUGCUUGCAAAACUGUCUGCAGAUAUUCUGGAUCGCUUGGAUAUAUUCAUUUUAGAAAUAGAAGAACUUCAGAUCCCAGAGCCACUCUGGUGGGAGUAUAUCUGGUGCAUUAGUCUGCUCCUGUCAUUUCUUGGAUUGGCAGCUGUACGCAAGAACAGGAUAAAAACCAUGAAACAAUAUAUGAUGGGAAUAAUUCUAUUUGGAUUUGGCCCACUUAUGUAUGCAGCAGUGUUCUAUUUCACUGAGGUGUUGGAAUACCUCAGUGAUGGUGAAACUGAGGAAAUUCAGAUGUGGCAAGGAUACCCCUAUGCACUACUGUGGUAUGGAUUCAUCUUACUAGCUGUCCAAGUCCAUUUCUUUUCCUUGUACUUUGCAUGGAAUCUUGUAACUGCUUGGAAAGCCAGAGGAACAAAAAAAGUUGACUGAAAGUGCAUUUUUUAAUAAUUUCAUGUAUUCAGUUUUGUUAAUGAUGCCCCUCUGACAAUUCAUUGGUUUUUUCUUUUUUAAAAAACAUUUUGUUCACUAUACCAGUAUUUUAAUUCACAAGUUGCAGAUGGAUGCAUACAAUAAUGUAACAUGCAGAACAGGCUUGUAUUUAAUGUCAGUGUGUUAAUACUGCAUAAACAAACUGAUUAUUUCAUGAA